CGUAGAGGAUGUGAGACAACACAUUGUGUCGGAAAUUUUCGGACACGCCAAGAAUCCGUAUAAUCUCGCAUCUGCGUCGAGUCGUUUGGGUGCACGCUGAAACUUCGAGGCCUGCUAAGGUUAGCCUAGCCUAGUUUAGCUACUAACAAAGAGAACUAACAACGUGACUGGGAUCAACACGUCGCCGAGCAAGCAAACAUCAAGUCCCAAAAUAUCGACAACGCCCUUGACAACGAAGAUGCUUUCUUAGAUAAUCUUCGGAAAGACGUCACACAGAGAACUGCGAGGGAAGUCCGCCAUUGAACAGUAUUGUUGCAUUGCUUCUCGUUAAGAUGCCACGGCGGUGUGUGGCGAUGUAUUGUUCUCAUUCUAAAGUAAAGUUGUAUGAGUGGCCUAAGGAUAGCAGGGCACGUAAAUGGACAUCUUUCGUUCGCACGAAGCGAAUGAAUUUCACGCCAUCAUCGAGUAGUGUUCUCUGCUACAAACACUUCGAAGAUGCCUGCUUCCUCAACCGGUCUGCAUAUGAUCGAGGAUUUGCAAAAAAGUUAUUACUCAAUGUAACUGCUGUCCCAUCAAUUCACCUGCUUCCACAAGACCAGCAGCAAGUUCAAAAUCUACCCGUCCAGCGCACAGCAGCAGCUCAUCGAGAAAGGAAGCGAGCCGUAGCUGAGGCUAUUGCCUCUGCAGCUGCCUCCGAACAAGAGAUGGCUGAGUGUGGGGGUCAGUUACUGCUGGAUGAAUCCUGUUCAAACACCCAUCAAGAUGAUAAAGUUAUACCACCACAUAGUGUAGAUAAAAAUGUCAGUCAAGCACAUCGUCCUGAACGCCAGGAGUCUGCUCGCGUGAAAGAGGAGGAGGAGGAAGAGGCGAUAUACGUCAAGAAGGUGGAGGAAGAAUCCAUCCACAUCAAAGAGGAGCAGGAGGAGUAUUUCAUUAGAGUGGAGAACCCCCACAUUGAGAAGCAGCAGCAACUCCAUCCCCUUAAAAUGGAAGAGGAGGACCCUCCAUAUGUUAAAGUGGAGGCGGUGGACAUCCCCAAGUGGACUGGUUUCAGAACAUAUAUUGGUCCUGAGCGGCAGGAGUCAGAGUGUCCUGGCAUUAAAGAGGAAGUUGAGCACCUGCAUAUGAAACAGGAAGAGCAAGAGCACCCUCAACAGCAAAAGAGAGAAGUGCAACUUCCAAUCAAAAAGGAGGAGGUAGAGCUGCCAUACGUUAAAGAGGAGGACGAUAUAACCAGUCCAACUGGUGAACCUUUGAAGAGUGAAGAGGGCCUGAGUGAGACUAGCAGAGGAGCAGGGCCUCCAAGCGGCAACAACAGCAGCAGCUCAAUAGAAGGAUUGCAAACGGACAGUUUCACCGCCCCACUAUCAGAUAGCGAAGACGCCAUGUCACACUCGCCUGACAGUUAUGAUGAAGGUCUUAAGAAAGCCGAUGGUGACGACAAAUGUAAAUGCUCUCAGUGUGGGGAAACAUUUUUUAAUAAGUAUACUUGCUGUAUGCACAUGAGGAGCCACAUUGAAGAAAAACCUUUUUCCUGCACAGUUUGUGGCCGGAGAUUCAGGUACAAGAACUACUUAAAAUACCACAAAAUGACCCACACUGGAGAAAAACCAUUUUCAUGCUCAGUUUGUGGUCAAGGUUUCGCUCGAAAGGAACACUUGCAAAUGCACACUAGAACCCACACUGGAGAAAAACCUUUUGUCUGCUCAGUUUGUGGCCAAAAAUUCACUCGGAAGAACAACUUAAACACACACAUAAGAACCCACACUGGUGAAAAACCUUUUUCUUGCUCAGUUUGUGGUAAAAAAUUCAAUUGCAGAAGCAAUUUAAACACACACAGAAGAACCCACAAUGAUAAAAAACCUUUUUCCUGCUCAGUUUGUGGUCAAGAAUUGACUGAGAAGAGGAGCUUAAAAAUACACACAAGAACCCACACUGGCGAAAAACCUUUUUCCUGCUCAAUUUGUGGCCAAAGGUUCACUGAGAAGCGUUGGUUAACAAAACACACACGAAUCCACGCUUGCUCAGUUUGUGGUAUAAAAUUCAAUUGCAGAAGCAAUUUAAACACACACAGAAGAACCCACACUGGUAAAAAACCUUUUCCUUGCUCAGUUUGUGGCCAAAGAUUCUCUAUAAAGGGAAACCUAACAAGACACAGAAGAACCCACACUGGAGAAUAACCUUUUCCUGCUCAAUUUGUGGUCAGAUUCUUUCUAAGGGAAACCUGCAUACAGCACAUAAGAACCCACACUAGUGAAAAACCUUUUUAGAAAUUCAGUUUGUGAUAACGAUUCAAUCAGAAGGAUCAGUUGAAGAGACGCGUGAGAAGCGGUGGCCAACGACUGUUUUGCCUGUCAUCCAUGAUGGCUUCAUCAGUUUGUGCGUGUAAGACAAUAGUAUUUUGUGGACCUUCCUUAAAUCCUAUUGAGGAUUUGCAAUUUUGGUACUAUACGUGCGCUUUGUCGGUUCCUUGUGUGAAUUGUAUUCACACUAUUGUCAGAAGAACUAGCUUACCUGAUUUAGAAUGAAUAUUAAAUUAGAUUAUGUUAAGUAGCAGGAUCUUGGGCCAGGGUGAUCUGGCAAAAAAAAAAAAAAAAAAAAGUUAUAUUGUUCUUGAUUUUUUUUCACAAUUUUGGUGUACUGUUUUUUUCUGUUUUUUUAUGAACUGUUACUGCUAAUUUUAAAGAAUCAGCAUUAAAAGGAUGGUUCACCAAAUCCGCACCUUCGGGGCCAAUUUUCCCAUCGUGUCCCUCUGUUAGAGGAGAGAAACUGAAGUGGGACCGAACUGUCGCAUGAGACUGUAAAACCAGACGGACAAACUUGUACACUGCUUGGAUUGAUAACCAGAAAGCCUAUGACUCAAUGCCACAUACAUGGAUCCUGGAAUGCCUGAAGCUCUACAACACAGGUGUCAAAAUGAUUCCAGAAAGGGCCAAGUGAGUGCAGGUUUGCUUUUCAACCAAUGAAGAGGACACUAUUUCACCAAUCAUAUCUUUUACAUGUGUAAUCAGUUAAACUUUGUCAAGUGCUGCUUGUUUCAGCCGCAAGUUCAUUGGUUAAAGUCUCUGCGCGGUAUCGGUUGGAACAAAAUCCAGCACCCACUUGGCCCUUUCUGGAAUCUGUUUGACACCUGUGCUCUACAAGGUUCACACCACACUAAGAGCCUUCGUUGCAAACUCGAUCAAUUGCGCAAGUCUACGUCAAAUGUGGCGUAGACUUGCGCACCCGAAGGCAGAGGGAGGUUACCCCCUCUUCUACCGGGGUAAACUCCAACAUCUAAGCCGGGGGGCAAUAAGUAUGCCUACAACUGCUCUAUAUACAGUAUAUAUAAUUGCAUUCUUUUAACUUCUUGAGGGUCUGUUUGUAUCAGUAAAAGUUUGCAAUUUGCAAUAUUGUUUGGGAAAAUGUAUUUUUAAUUGGCUCUGGAAAAUAUAACACUGUACAAUAAGGUCCCUUCAUUAACAUUAGUAAAUGCAUUUUUAGACAAUAUGUAAAGUGCGUACGACAGGAUAAAAUUAAUUGAAUUAGAAUCAUGUUGAGAUGAUUCGACUAUAUACAAAUGUUUUGCUAAGCGCAGAUGACAAAAAAUUAGUCUUUUAAUCUCCCGGUUAGUCACGCCUACCAUUAUAGGGCUGUAGCGUCCUCAACAGGUGGAUUUUUAUUCUUUUUAUCCAAGUAUUUUUCUGCAAUGGCUAAAUAAAUGGUAUAGUCAUGACAAAUAACAGUCUUGUGCUAAAUGUAAUAUGAAAUAAUAAAAAUACAUUUAUUCAGGACGACAUGACAAAAUUUCUCCAUAAUGGUCAAAACUGUCGACUUCACCUUUACUGUCGCACCUCCCAAACGUUAUUUCAUGCCACCCUAGUAAGUCGGGAUUUUGUCAUUUCCCUUCCUUUGGAGAAUGCAAACAAACCAAGAGGUGUGACAGCUAGCCGACAUGCUAACCUGAACCGAGUGACGUUUCAGUCUUCAAAGCGGAAAAUUACACAUAACUAGCCCGGUCAUUUCACAUGACGACUGGGUUGUCGAUUGUCUUCACCAAUCGCCAACCCGCAUGGCGGAGAGCAAUGUACAGCUCGUUCCCCUGCUACUAUGGACAGGAGAGCUCGCUGGGCAAGUGUGACCAGUGAGUUUCGACUCUACGUUGUAUGUGUAGUUUGGAAUGACGACGGGAGUCAAGAGUGCAGUGUGACUUGCGUUUUACCGAAAGCAAUCGGUCUUGCUUUAUCCUCGCCAGCAGGUAUUUGGGAUAGGACUGCACCCAGACCAUCAAGAGACUCAUCUGUGCAGAGGAUGAAAGGUCUAUGAAAGUCCGGGUGUGCUAGCACCACACUAUUGAGAAGUGCAUGUUUUAGACCCUCGAAUGCUUUCUCGCAGGCAGGAGUCCAAUCCUGAGGGGUAAGCUCCCUGAAGGUGCCAGCUCCUCUCCGCCCAAAAGAACCCUUGGCGCUCCUCUUCUGUCCAGCAGUCAAGUUGUAUAGCGGCUUUGCGAUGGUCGAACAACCAGGAAUGAAUUGUUGAUAGUACAAGACCAUUCCUAGGAAGGACUUGACCUUUUGCUGGGAUGGGGUGCAGCCAUCUUCUUUCAUGAGAGCUUCCUUCCUGAAAGCUGAGAUGACCUUCACCUUGUCCUGAUCAACUGACUGUGCACCACAUGACCAAGAAACCUGACAGACUUGCGCAACAAAUAGCACUUCUUCUGCGCCAACUUCAGGUUAUUGGCUCUGAGACGCAAGAAGACAGUUUCUAGGCGCUUCAGGGCUUCCUCUUCAGUUGGAGCAAAGAUCAGUAAAUCAUCUAGGUAAUAGAGGAGGCUGGACAAGUCCAAGUCACCAAAGAUGCUGAUCAUCAUCCGCAUAAAGGAUGCAGGGCUGUUGCAAAGGCCUUGAGGAAGUCUGUUGUAUUCAUAGAGGCCCAUCGGUGUGGUGAAGGCGGUGUACCGUCUAUCAGACUCAUGGAGGGGGAUGUUGUAAAACCCUGAUGUGAGGUCCAUGGUGCUGAAAAAGGCAUUUCCACCAAGGGCAGCAAGGCAGUCAGCCUGGUGAGGAAGUGGGUGAGCAUCUUACAUGGUCUUGGCGUUAAGCCACCAGAAGUCAGUGCAGAUUCUCAAUUCGCCCGACUUCUUCCAAACAAGGACCAACGGGGACGCAUAUUCACUGAUUGACUUGCUGAUAAUGCCUUUAUACUCCAUUUCAGAUAGUACCUCUCUGAGUUUAUGGUAAUGUGCUGGAGGGACGCGACGAUAGGGUAGCCUGAAAGGGCGGUCAUCAGUGAGAUGAAUACGAUGGACAAAACCCUUAGCUUCCCCACAGUCCAACUUGUCUUUGGAAAAAACGUCUUGGUAUGUGAACACGAGUUCAGCCAGCCGCUCUUUCCACUCCUCUGACACUUCGCAACACUCCAAAUCAACAUCUGUUUGUCCACAGUCUUUGAGCCGUUGAAAGGGGGAAGAUUUGACAUUUGCACCAGGGACUAUGGCGCUUUGCUGGCUGGUCUGUGGAAUGCACACAUUCUGCAAGGGAUCUUCUAUAGCGGCACAGGGGAACACAUCAGCUACCUUAGCGUUGCGGCGCAGUGUCACAGGACUCUUUGUUGGGUUCAGAAUUUUCAUUGGGACCCAACAAUCCCCCCCACAUAGGAGCUACAACCCGCCCAACUAUAUUGUCUUUUGGAGCUGAACGUGAAGAAGUGGGCUCCACAAUGACAGUGCUCCCUGGUGACACAGGAACAUUGCUAGGUAACUUCCCCCAUACUAAAUACUCUUCCUGUGGUGCAAGAGUGACAGCUGUUCUUAGUUUUACAGUGCCCACUUUUUCAGGUACUGCAGGACCAGGAUAACGAGUUAUACAGCUGAGCAACUCAAGAAACUGCUCACAAUUGGGAUCUGAGGUGUUAGAGGAGAUGACCUUCCAAUAUUCCUGUUCAGACUUCAGUCUUUGGAUGAUUGGUCUAAUGACAUUGCUUCCAAUGAUCAGUUCAUCUCUUUGCCCAGGAAUGAGGAAAGCCGGCACAAAGAAUUUGGACCCAUAAAUCUCGAGAUCCAGAUCAUAGAUACACUCUGGUUGAGUCAUGAGACCACCGCAACAAACUAGUACCACCUUCUCAGGCCCUGGUUGAGGAGUAGAAAGAGCACCAGAAGCCCUAAGCUUGGAUUCAGCCUCCGUAUUGAGUGUGCAUGACAUGCUACCUGAAUCAAGCAUUCCCCUUAAAGCACAUUUACCCCCAACAGAGAAUGGAGCAUAAAACAAAUCACUAGCCCCUUGGACCCUAUGUGAACCAACAACAAUCACUGUAUCAUCAUCAGGAAGCUUACUGCAGCAGUUCACAUAGGUCAACUGUAUGUCUUUAUUUUCACUGAGGGUCUCACUAGCAACGCCUAUGCUACCCCUCUCUCCACAUAGGCGGGCUAGUUUAAAUCAGCAUUGGGGCGGGCAGAUGGUGUUGCGGCUUUCUGGCUAGAGCCAUGCGGGCACUCAUUCCUGACGUGGCCAUGCUCACAACAGCUGUGGCAAAGUCUGUAAAGCCUACAGUGUGCAUUUGUAGAGUGUUCACUGGAGCCACAUACUUUACAUGGGGAUGGCACAGAAUUCGGCUGACUUCGGGGUCGACCAGUAUAACGAUUUCUGGACCAUGUGCCACUUUGUUUUUGAUUGUUGGCCAGGGAAGCAUUGCACAAAGACAGAACCUUGUCGAACAUUGCUGUGAAAGGUACAGCAAGAGCAGGCGGAGUCUGCUGGCAUUCUGCAGUGACGGAUGGUGGCAUUGGAGGAUUAGUCACCAAGUUCUGAUCAUAAGCAGAGAACGACCUCAGUUGUUGUGGCUGAAUUCUGGUCUUUCUAACAUUUCUCAUGUGGGCAUCCAGACGCUCUUGAACCUCAGCUGCGGUCCACUGUUCAGCUGCCUUUACUUGGAAAGACAUAGCAAGACGAGGGUCAGGGCAGUGAUUGAUAAACAUCAAGACCACUUCAGCACUGGGAUUCUCGACAGACUUUCCUCGCCGCUGCAGACAUUCAUCAGCUGCGUCAAUUGAUUUGUUAAGACGAAUCCAGUAAUCCAUGGCACUCUCACCCAAAUGGGGAACUGUACUGUAGAAAGCUUUAAUGGGCAAAUUGAAGUAUGACAGUUCACUAAAAUUAACCUUCAAUAUGUCAAAUACGGCUGAGGGGAGGUCAGUUGCACUGAGGCUGGUGCAGCUACGCAGUGACACUUUCACAACGUCCCUAGCUUUUCUUGUUAGCCUUGACGUGAUUAGCUCAUACAUUUCAUCAUGAGUGUCACAUUUAACUCUAUUCAAAUAACACUUCAUCAUGUCAAUCCACUCAUGUACAGAAAAAGUAUCAGCAUGGUCACCCCUGAAAUAAGGGGGUGCCUUGGCGUCAGACUGCACAACAACUUUAACUGGUGGCACCUCGGAAUGGCUGCUUGACUGACCCGUGAUGGGGGACUGAGGCUGGAAUGCGCUGGGCUGGUGUAUUGUGCCUAGGUUGAUGGAGAUGCUCCCUCCAAUUUGUUUGGCAAAAUUUGUCAUCAUAUCACCAAAAGUUUCAACAGAUAUCAUUUGUGUGGGCUUUGGUUCUGAUUGGGAUAUUGGCGUGGAGCUAGUUGUAGGAAUCAGUGGUGGGCUACUAACUGAUUGGUUGAUUGAGUGACUCAGUUCACUAGGAGGAGGUAAUCCACCUCUACCUCUCCCAAAUGAAACAUAUCCUUGCUCAGUCAUUGUGUUACACUCAAUAACAUACACUAAAUUGCUCCAGAUACCAUAAAAAGACUAACACUAAAGUGUAAUGCACCAAACUUGGAACAAUAUCAAAAUUAACACAGUGGUAAAUAAUAAUGAAUAAACUCACUCAAGAUGUAUAUUCACUCAUAACACUACAUUGAGUGACAAAAAAAAGGAAAAUAAUGUUCAAGAAUAUCAACAGUAAUACUGUACUUUUCUACUUGCUUGACUAUUAAAACCAUCAAAAUGCUUUCACUCAGAACGUCUUUCUUUUUUUUUUUUUUCCACCGUUAUAGUUUUCGUCUUCGUUUUUUUAACGGUUCAAAUUCACGCACGCACUGCUUCUUACUUACUCACUUACUUACUUCUUACUUCUCGCUUGCUCUCACUUUGUGCACACGGAAGUGCGCCGCUGUCCUCCGAGCAGUAGCGAGGGGAGGGGGAGGAGCAGGCAGGAGCCACUUGACGAGUUGCACCCCGGCGACCAGGCAGGCGCUCGUCGAAUAUGAAUCCGGCUCACGGGACCAAGUGUGACCAGUGGGUUUCGACUCUGCGUUGUAUGUGUAGUUUGGAAUGACGCCGGGAGUAAGAGUGCAGUGUGACUUGCUUUUUAUCUGAUAACGGUCAGGAAAAAGUCAAUCCUCCCGUUAAACAGGGCUUUAACAAUGUGCCCCUUCCCUUCGACAUCCACACAGAAAAGGGCGCGACAUACCUGAUAACAGUCAGGAAAAAGUCAAUCCUCCCGUUAAACACGGUUUUAAAAAUGUGCCCCUAUUCAAAAUAAAUACAAAAAAGAGAUGCAAUGCAAUUUUUAUACAUGAGUGCAUGCCUGGAACUUACAUUUUCCUACAAAACUCUCUGCAGCUAAAUAGCACCUACCUCCCCUUCGACAUCCACACAGAAAAGGGGAGAACUAAUAAAGUGCACUCAACUUAAAGCAGCAGGUGUCGCGGUAAUAACCGACAUAGGGGAAACAAACAACAUACAAACAAAAAGUUUCAACUUUGAAGGAGGAUUGACGAAAAUAAAAUAGAAAAUAAGAUAACAAUUUUGUGUAAUUAUAAAAAAGAAACAAUAUUUGCAAGUUUGAUAUACCCCCGUUACACAAGCAGCUGGACAAUGACCGCUGAACAAACCGGCCGACGUCGGAGAAGCGUGUAUCUGCCAAAUGGUCAACACGAAUAUGGCAAAAUAAUGCUUUACUACACGGUGAAGACGUAAACAGCGAGAGUCAUCGGAGAGAGGCUGCAGUUGUUGUGCAGCUCACAUGACAAUGUGUAUGAGGAGAGCUUUUUACAUGCCCAUCCAUGAUCAAACGUAAGUAGUCCUUUAUUUUAAGAAAAUUUGUAGUGUUUACCUUGUAAUUGCUGUUUUCGUGGUUAUUUUUAGCACAAAGUUGCAAUUUUUGAUUGGGUGGAAAACUUGACAGAACACCGGGCACAUGAAGAGGGCAACAAGCAGAGUAUAGUGCUCUCCU